AUGACUUUACUGGCCCUGUUGUCAGUUAGUCUGCAUGCUGUACCCAUAGAGAAAGAGGGUGAUUUUAAUUCGAAUUUAGAGCAGACUCCCGAGGAGGACCAAUUCGAUGACAAUGUCCAAAUGAUAUUCUGGUUCUGGGACAACAGUGACGAUGAUAAAGACGCAGCUGACGGCUACGACAAAGAUGAUGAUGGUGAUCGAUAUGAUAAAGAUGUCGAAAACAGAUACGACGGGGACGACGAUGACAGCAGAUAUGAUGGAGAUGAGGAAAAAGGCGACGACUCAUAUGAUAGAGACGAUGACGAUGUCAGGAAUGAUAUUGAUGACAACGCCAAAUCAGAUAGCGAUGACGGCAGUAGAAGAGGAAAUCGAUACGGGAUUGGAAGGAGAAGAGACGAUCGGUAUGAUGCCAUGUGCGUCUGUGAUGACAACAGCCGCUAUGAUGUGGACGACGACGAUAGCCGAAGAAGUCGACACAGGAUUGGAAGAGGAGCAGAUCGUCAAAAUGAACGAGAUUUGGAUACUGAUGAGGACAAUGAUGAAGAUGCCAGAAAAGUCAUUAAUGACACCGAUCUAUGUGAUGAGGAUGACGACGGUAGAGGAAGAAGUCGACACAGGGUUGGAUGGAGAAGAGGUAGUCGAUUUGAUGGAUGCGUCUGCGAUGGCAACAAUCAAUAUGAUAGGGAUGAUGAUGAAGAUAGAGAAAGAAAUUUGUAUGGGACUGGAAAAAUAGUACAUCGUCAAUUUGAUAGAGAUCUAGAUGAUGACGACGAUGUAGGUGGUGAUGACAACGAUGAUGGUGACGCGCUUUGGGACAUUGCCGGCAAAGUGAGACGGGUGAACAUGCUCAGGCGAGAUCGUGGGCGCCACGCCUAUGAAGAUGGCGGAGAUUAUGAUGAUGGAUCCUUUCAUCUAAACUAA